ACUUUUUGUUUCCUCCUAAGGUGAAAGCAUACACGCUACUUGUUAUUGCAAAACAGAUACUACUGAUUUCCUCUUAAAACUCACAUGACUUAACAUUUUGAAGCAGUCACAGUACACAGCCACAAUUUUUCUGUCACUGUGGAAUAUUGACAGUAGCGAUUCAACUUCCUUCUUUUUGAAACAUGUAUAUUCCAAACAACCUGUUGGGCAACUGUAGACUAUUACUCAGCCAGCAUGACCAGAGGGAAAUUAACUUGUGUGCUCAUUAAAAAGACAUGUAUACACAUGGAAGAGCAAGGAACGAAGAAGGUGAACUUCCCAUGACCACACCUCCUGAAACAGGCUCCUUGAUAAUGCAGCUGCACAGUCUGCUGCCGUACAGUCAUCAAAACCAGAGGCACCUGUGUAUCAAGGUAUGGCCCAAAAAGUGAACAUUGUUUCAAGGUCACAGUGGGGAGCAGCUGCCCCUCGACAAAAGGAGACUUUGAAAGGCUCUGCCAAGAGAGUUGUCAUACACCACACUGCCCUCCCAAGCUGCAAUGGCCUGAAAGAAUGUACGGACCGCCUUGUCAGCAUUCAGAGAGGGCAUAUGAACGAAAAAGGCUUUGAUGACAUUGGAUAUAAUUUUCUCGUCGGGGGAGAUGGUACAGUGUAUGAGGGCCGUGGCUGGGGUGUGGUAGGAGCACAUGUCAAAGGCAACAAUCAUGACUCACUGGGGAUUGCCUUCAUGGGCAAUUUCAACAAUGACACACCAAGCACAGAGGCAAUAUCCUCAGUCAAACAGCUGCUGCGGUCUGGAGUUUCUCAAGGCUUUUUACAGCGAGAGUUUGUCCUGUUAGGGCACAGAGAUCUGGGAAGCACAGAAUGUCCAGGAGGAAAACUUUAUGCUGCACUACCACAACUGAGGGGCACAUAAGGCUCACUGCAGAUUAUGAUUUGUUUUGACAGAAAAUUCUUCCCCUACUUUCAAUUGCUCUUUUAUUUUCACAUUGUUUUGUUGAUGUUUUUUUUUAUCAUGGGUGUCUUUUCUUAACUAAGGGAAGGUAUGUGUUGUAACAGGUCCUGCAGGGCUCACCGCCUCUCAGAUGUUUCUCUUUCAGCAGAGGGAAACAGCACAUGGGAUGAGACCAAUAGGCUCUAGCUGUCCAGAAGUGCAAAAUGCUCAGUUUAGAAACUGAAAGUCACUUCAGUUCAUAUGUUCAGGUAGCUCUUACUUUUUGAUUUGAUUACAUUUCAAUUUGUCGUGCUACUUUUUAAUUAACUGAGUGCAAUAUUAAUAUGGUGGGCAAUACAUUGUACCAAUGAAUGCUCAUUAUUGUUAGUAGUGGUGUAAGAUAAACAUUCACAUGAAUGUAACCUAUUAUAAUGUUGUGCAACAGGUCUGUUGUUUGGAAAUAAAUACCAGUUAUCUGCA